AUGUCGAAAAUAUCAAAUAUACGUUCUAUUCAAUCGAUAUAUCCAGGUCGUUUAUUACUUAUCGAUUAUGGUUUAAGCGAGAAAAUAAUUCAAGGUAUUUGUCAUGGACUUGAUCAGCUAUUUAGUAUUAUUACAACACAUGUUGGUAUACAACGCGUUCCUAUGUUCGGACUUAUUGUAAAUGGUCAAAAUCAAAGUGAGAUUUUUCUACCAUAUUCAUCAAUAUGUAAUAAUCAUAUGGAAUUACAAGUAGCACUUUGUAAGUUGCAAUUACUUGCACAGAAAUGGUCAAUGAAAUCAAAUCGAACUAUAGUUACAUCAUUAUCAUGGCAUUCAGCUUUACAAUUAGCUUUCACGCAAAUUAAUUCAAUUAUGUCUAAUAAUAAUGAAAAUCGAAUUGAAUCAGAUUCCAUUCAUCAGGAUUUUCAAAUUAUUAUUUUCACCAGUCGAUUAUCAGAUGCAAUUAUUUCGGAUAUCGAUCAUUAUACUCAAAAUCAACAAAUCGAUAAAAAAGUAAAUAAAUAUUCAAUCGGUCUUUAUUUUAAAUCUUGGUUAUUAAAUACGGAUCAUGAACAUGAACAUAUUCAAUUAUAUAUACCCACAAAUGAAAGAGCUGAAUAUAUUGAUCAGUCAUGGCAUAUGAUUCGAUGUGAUUCACAAGAAAUAUUAAUUGAUCCUCAUCAUCAUAUUAAUCAUGAUAGAUUUUUUAUUUAUACUGAACCAAUGAGAACAUCUACUUUAACUCAAAAUUCUUUAUCAUUACCAAUUUAUCAAUUAAAAGCGUUAAAUUUUGUAAAACAAGCUAAUUAUUGUAUAUCAAUGAUAUUUGGCAUGCCACUUCUUGUCACAUCAUCGUCAUGUCAUAAGUAUAAUAUUGAAUCAGUUGAAAAAAAUGAAGUUGCUUUUGAUACUUUAGCAGAUUAUUUACGUCAAAAUGAAUUAAUGUUAAUUUGUCGUUUAAAUGAUAAUUCAUCAAUGAAUAAUAUAUUUUCUGGACAUUUUGUUCUUUCAUGUGCUUCAGAACGUAGUUUAUUAUUACGGUCAAUUGCUUCUAGUGAAUUUCUAUUACCACAACCAAUGUUACCAUAUCAAAUAAUCAAACACGAACAAAAACAUAUGGAUGAAAAUUUAAUCAAUAGUUUAUCCAAUAUGAAUAUUGAUGAUGAAGAAUAUAAUCCAUUGUAUUACGAAGCUCGUAAAAGUAAAAUAACUUUAAAUACAAAUUUAAUUUAG